GAGUCUGUUCCAGUUGCUGCCUAAGCGCCAUCCUUUGUUCUCCUGCUAUGAUUGCGUUUCUCCUCACAAGUGUGCUGAUGAUCCCCCGUGCCGGGGGCCAUCCUCUGGACACCCCACAUUUUCCACAGGAGCUGCCUCCAGGACUCCCAAACAAUAUCAAUAUCACAUUCUUCAGUGGGAUGUUUAAAAAUGUGGAAAGCGUGGCUGAAAUUUUUGAUUGCCUGGGCCCCCACUUCACCUGGCUGCAGGCUGUCUUCACCAAUUUCCCUGUGCUGAUCCAGUUUGUCAAUGGUAUGAAGUGUGUGGCUGGUCUCUGCCCCCGAGACUUUGAAGACUAUGGUUGCGCCUGCAGGUUUGAGAUGGAAGGGUUGCCUGUGGAUGAAUCUGACAGCUGCUGCUUCCAGCACCGCAGGUGCUAUGAGGAGGCCGCUGAGAUGGACUGUCUCCAAGACCCUGCCAAGCUUAGCACAGAGGUCGAUUGUGUCGGCAAGAAGAUCAUAUGUGAGUCCAAGGACAACUGUGAGCACCUGCUGUGUACCUGUGAUAAGGCUGCCAUAGAGUGCUUGGCUCGGUCCAACCUCAACUCUUCCCUGAACUAUCUGGACACCUCCUUCUGCCUGGCUCAGACUCCAGAGACAACCAUCAAGGAAGAGUUGACAACACUUCUGCCCAGAGUGGUUCCUGUGGAGCCCACAGACACCAGCCUGACAGCCCUUUCAGGAGAAGAAGCAGGCCAAGAUCAGGAAGGAGUGGGAGCUGCUAGGGCUACGUCCCCUCCAGGAUCUGCAGAGAUAGUUGUAACAAGGGUUACAGCUGAAGUUGUAACCCUUGUCCCUGCUGGCAUUAAAUCUCUGGGGCUGGCAGUGUCAUCUGUUGAAAAUGGUCCUGAGGAGACAACUGAAAAAGCCUGUGACAGAUUCACUUUCCUGCACCUGGGAAGUGGGGACAACAUGCAGGUGAUGCCACAGCUUGGAGAGAUGCUCUUUUGUCUGACAUCCCGGUGCCCAGAGGAAUUUGAGUCUUAUGGCUGUUACUGUGGACAAGAAGGAAGAGGCGAGCCAAGGGAUGACCUGGACAGGUGCUGCUUCUCCCAUCACUGCUGCCUAGAGCAAGUGAGAAGGCUGGGCUGCCUGCUCGAGAGGCUUCCUCGGUCACCAGUGGUGUGUGUGGAUCAUACGCCCAAGUGUGGGGGCCAAAGCCUGUGUGAGAAGUUGCUCUGUGCCUGUGACCAGACAGCAGCUGAGUGCAUGGCCUCUGCCUCCUUUAACCAAAGCCUCAAGUCCCCAAGCAGACUCGGGUGCCCUGGGCAGCCAGCAGCCUGUGAAGACAGCCUGCACCCUGUGCCCGCAGCCCCCACCCUGGGCUCCAGCUCUGAGGAGGACAGCGAGGAGGACCCUCCACAGGAGGACCUCGGCAGAGUCAAGAGGUUUCUGCGGAAGUCACUGAGUCCCUUGGGGAUCGGGCCCCUUCAUGGAAGAUAAGAUGCCCAGAGAAAAUGGCAAACAUCCUCAGUAGCACGGCUCCUGCUUCACCUUCAGCUCUUUAUCUCUCAGCCUCCUCUGUCCCUUGGAGCUUUCUUCCUUUCCUUUAACCCAAAGGCCGGGAGGGAACAGAGGCCGUGAGCCCUGCCCAUGCAUCAUCAGCUGUGGUCACCUCACAAGCCAAUGUACAUUUGGAGAAGGCAGACCAUGGUACCUCCAUGCUCCUUUAGUGCACUGUGGAAGCUCAAUAAAUACUCCAAUCAA